GAUCACCGAUCACGGAAAGAGCCGACUCAGUCAUGUGAUCAGCUGUGUCCAAUCACAGCUGAUCACAUGGGACAUGUACACUGAUCAUCAAGGCACUGAUGAUCAGUGUGCCCUGAUGAUCAGUGUAGCCCCAGCAGUGCCACCUGUCAGUGUCCAUCAGUGCCUUACGUCAGUGCUCAUCAGUGCCUCGUGCCAGUGUCCAUCAGUGCCACAUCAGUGCCUACCAGUGCACAUCAAUGCCACAUAUCAGUGCCCAUCUGAGCUGCCUUUCAGUGUCACCCAUCAGUGCCAGUCAGUGACACCUAUCAAUGCCAAUCAGUGCCACCUAUCAGUGCUGCCAAUCAGU